UGUGCGAGCGAAACGUUUGCAUUAGCUAAAAUAGGAACAUGGCAAAUAAAUCGAUCUAUGAUUUCUCUGCUGAGACCCUGGACGGAGUGACGGUGCCGCUGGGCGACUUCCGCGGUAAGGUGCUUCUUGUCGUCAACGUGGCCACCUUCUGAGGGUCAACUAUAGAGGAGUACCAUCGACUGAAUGCACUCAUGGAAAUGUUCGGUGACCUCAAUUUCACCGUGCUGGCCUUCUCGUGCAACCAGUUUGGCCUUCAGUCCCCUGAGGUGAAUAAUGAAACCUUAAACAUCCUUAAGUACGUGAGACCCGGAGGGGGAUUUGUGCCCAAGUUUCCCGUCUUUGGUAAGGUAGAGGUGAAUGGAGUCAAUGAGGAGCCGCUGUUCACUUACUUGAAGGAAUCGUUGACCUUUGUAAAUCCUGUCAUUGGCGACAUAAAGAAGUUCUACUGGUCACCAAUCACAGUCAAUGAUAUCCGAUGGAAUUUUGAAAAGUUUCUAAUCACUGCAGAUGGCAGACCCUUCAGCAGGUAUGAACUUCACUGCCCCAUUGACAAAGUUGAGAAGGACAUCGUCGAACUUCUGUAACCGACUCUUGUCAGUUGAUCAGUGGUGGCAGUGUGAUGGUCCCUCGGUAAAAGCACAUGUGCCCCUGAGCUGGACCUGAUGAGGAAGAGGAACAGAACUCGGAGCAACAGUGCAUUCACUCUGAGAGCAAAUUCCUCUCCGCCACCAAUACAAUUAAUGCUAUUAAAUAUGGAUGAAUCAAUGAAAAGUGAUGCUUUCUUUCAGUAUUACUCAGCAAAUAUAGCAA